AUGUGGAGUUCGAAUACUAAUAUGAAUGGAGGUAUUAAAGAUAGUGAUAAGUUAUUAAAAUUAAAAUAUCCAACUCUUUCUAUUCAAUCUCUUUCCAAUUACUUACUUGCAUUACACACAAAAUUACGUGAUCAAUCUACAAACACACAGGAAUUUGUCAAAUAUUCGAACAAAUUAGUUCAUUCUUUACUUGAGUAUACUUUAUCAAUAUUACCAGCUGAUUAUUAUGAUAUUAAAACUAUUCAAACACCGUGUAAUGUUCCCUUCCAGGGAUGUUCAUUAAUUUCAUCAAUAUCGUAUAACAACAACAAUACUGAUAAUACUAUGAACAGCCAGUUAAAUUUAUGUGGAAUUUCAAUCGUUCGUGCUGGUGAGAGUAUGGAAUUCGGUUUACGUUCAUUGAUACCUGACAUUCCCAUUGGUAAAAUUUUAAUUCAACGUGAUGAAUUUACACAAAACAAACAAGCUAAACUCUUUUACACCAAACUUCCAAUGAACAUAACACAAGCAAAGCAAAUAUUUUUAAUGGAUCCAAUGUUGGCUACUGGUGGAAGUUGUAUACUAGCAAUAAAAACGCUUAUUAAACUCGGUGUUACUAUUCAACAAAUUACUUUCAUUAAUUUGAUUGCGUGCCCCGAAGGAUUACAGCGUGUAUACGCAAAAUAUCCACAACUGAAGAUUGUUACGAGUUUUGUCGAUCAGGGAUUGAAUGAACACUGUUACAUUCUCCCAGGAAUUGGCGACUAUGGCGAUCGGUACUUCGGUACUGUUACUCCAUGA